UAGGACCGGCGAGCACGUUGAUUUCGGUCAUUUCAUCUGAGACGCCGUGACGUGCGCAUCGUAGCGACCCUGAACUUCACAUAGAAACUUGCAAAGUAGCCACGCAGUCAGGUGGAAAUAUAACAUCGAACAAUAUCAUCACAGAGCAACUGCAAUACCCUCAAGCUUAAAACGAGUCCAGCAACAUGGCAGAUUACGUGAUCAGUGAUGCGAGUCAGGAUGAGAAGGACCUUAUUCCAAAAGAUGGCCUUUCAGCCGCUCAACUCCUGUCUGGUGGAAACGGAUUGACAUAUAAUGACUUUAUUAUUCUCCCAGGGUACAUAGAUUUCACUGCUAAUGAGGUUGACCUUUCUUCGCCUCUCACUAAAAAGAUUAUCUUAAAAGUACCUCUGGUCUCUUCUCCGAUGGACACGGUUACUGAAUCCGAUAUGGCGAUAGCUAUGGCUCUGUCUGGUGGAAUAGGUAUAAUCCAUAACAACUGCACCGCAGAGUUUCAGGCGAACGAAGUUCAGAAAGUGAAAAAAUAUGAACACGGAUUUAUCAGAGAUCCGGUUGUCCUAUCGCCAAACCAUACUGUGCUCGAUGUCCAUAAUGUGAAAACUAAGCAUGGUUUUUGCGGCAUCCCGAUAACAGAGACCGGCAAACUAGGGGGAAAACUUGUGGGUAUCGUCACAUCUAGGGAUAUUGACUUUCUCCAGGACACGUCGAGCCAACAGAAUCUCAAGCUGGUACAUGUGAUGACUAGAUUGAACAAUUUGAUAACUGGGACCUCCGGGGUGACAUUACAGGAAGCUAAUUCCAUUCUAGAAAAAUCAAAGAAGGGUAAACUGCCAAUAGUGAAUAAUAAAGGUGAACUUGUUGCUCUGAUGGCUAGGACGGACUUGAAAAAGAACCGGAGCUACCCAAAUGCCAGCAAGGAUGAAAACAAGCAGCUCCUGGUUGGUGCAGCGAUCGGAACCCGUGAGGAAGAUAAAGAUAGGCUGCGACUGCUGGCAGCUUCGAAAGUCGAUGUGAUCGUCAUAGACUCGUCUCAAGGGAAUUCUCAAUACCAAAUCGACAUGAUUAAAUACAUCAAGUCCAAGUAUCCAGAGCUGCAAGUAAUCGCGGGUAAUAUUGUCACAAGAAUGCAAGCAAGAAACCUCAUACAAGCUGGGGCUGACGGUCUUAGAGUCGGUAUGGGAUCAGGAUCGAUUUGUAUAACUCAAGAAGUAACUGCAGUCGGUAGAGCUCAGGCUACAGCUGUGUACAGUGUCUCAGAUUACGCUAAAAAUUUUGGAGUCCCUGUGAUAGCCGAUGGUGGUAUACAGACUAUUGGACACAUAAUCAAGGCGAUGAGUUUGGGUGCGAGUACUGUGAUGAUGGGAUCGCUGCUUGCGGGAACAUCGGAGGCUCCAGGAGAGUAUUUCUUUAGUGAUGGAGUCCGUUUGAAGAAAUACAGAGGAAUGGGGUCGCUGGAUGCUAUGAACCGAAAAGAUGCGAAUGGUUCGGCAAUGGAUCGAUAUUUUCAUAAUGAAAUGGACAAAAUGAAGGUGGCGCAGGGGGUCAGCGGGUCAAUAGUUGACAAGGGUACAGUCCUAAAAUUUUUACCGUACCUUCAAUGUGGCAUUAGGCAUGGAUGCCAGGAUAUUGGCGCAAAAUCUGUAUCCACCUUGCACCACAUGUUGUACAAUGAGGAGCUUAAAUUUGAAAGGAGAACGCAGUCGGCACAGUUGGAAGGAAAUGUACACAGCUUAUUUUCAUAUGAAAAGAGAUUGUACUGA